AUGCGGGAUUCAGGAGCGGAGCCUGAGAAGGAGACAUGGAUCAGACUAGAACUGAAGACAGAAGGCAAAGGCGAUAGAGAGAGAUGCAUGAUUUUGGAUAAAAACUGGGCAAAGCGGCAUACCCAUCAACAUACGGAAGAAGAAGGCGAGAAUUCUGAUACGAUCACGAUCAAUGGUUGGAGCAAUUCGAGUAGCUCAACUCCAGAAAUCAAGGAGAAGAGAGAUAGAUUUGAUAAACAUCAACCCAAAUAUUCCAUAAAAUCGACGAGUAACCAAAAUCGACUGCCAAGAAUUGGCGGAGGAUUCACCGAAGUAGUUAUCGAUGGUGGUGUUGGUGGUAUUGUGAGUGAAGGCGGUACAUCAGGGGGUGUCUGCAGCGGAGGUUGGAGAGCUAGCGGUGGCAGCGGCGGUGGUGUUGACAGCUGCAGCGGCUGCUUCAAGUGCGGUGAGAACGACCAUGUGGCAAGGAUGUGCCCGACCGGGGGUGGCGGUGGCCGGUACAGCGGCGGUGGUGUUGGCAGUAUUGGAAAUGAAGGCGGCACGUUUGGGGGUGGUGGCGAAGAGGAUGGAGACCAACACACAUCUGGAGCAGUAGCCGGAGGGAACUUGUUGGUGGUCGGAAAAUUUGCCUCGAAGGAGGAUUGCAGGCUGUAG